UAAUUAUAGCUACUUAGAAAUUAGAAUUUACAACUGGGGUAAAUGUAACCACCACAACACAUAUUUUUCCCAACAUUAUUUCCAGAGAUGAAAUUCUGUACUAUAAUUUAGAUGUUGGAACAGCAAAAACGUGUUUAAUAUUUUGUUCUUAGAACAGUUCAAUAUGAAUUCAGGUUCAGGAGGUUAUAGAGGAUUUGUUCGUUACAUCCAAGGCCGUGGCAGCAGGGGACGAGGAAGAGGGCACAGAAACCGUGAUGGAAGACAUUUUGACUCAGAUACUGGACCUCACUCAGGGGACAGAAGUGAUCACUACAGACGUGGGCACCGGGAUGAAUCUGGACGAGGGAAUGCAGGCAGACCAAGGCCUCCACCCCAUCUACGGGGCAGAGAGAUUGGCAUGUGGUACCGAGAUAAUGCAAGAAAUUCUAAAAGUGACAAGCAUCUUAUGGCAAGCUUAUCCAUGGAUUCAGAACAAGCUCAGUCUCUGGAUCGUGUUUUAGAUUCUAUUGGUGGCUCAAAAGGACGGAGACAAGAUUCACGACCUGGUAGCUCUGAUCACGAUAGCUUCAGCCACCCUGAACAAUGGCUUGCUGAUCAGCACUCGCAGAAAUGUACAGAUGAAAAGAUGUUGGUGCAACCAGAGCAACAACAGCCUCAAGCGAUCUCAACCUAUACUCGUACAAUUGAUGGGAUGAAAGACUCGGCUUUCAAGCGUGCCUACAUGGACAAUGUUAGCGCUAACCAGUUGGAAGAUGAGAUUAAAUCGGAAUUUACUUUGGAAAGCUUGAAACAAAACUCUCAACUCGACAGUGCAUAUCGGGAAGAGCUGAUUGAACUAAGGAAAACUGAGAGGUACAAAAAAAUGCUGGAGUUUCGUAAGCGUUUGCCAUCCUACACAAUGCAGGAAGAAAUCUUACAGCUCGUGAAGAACAAUCAAGUGGUUGUGCUUAGUGGAGAAACUGGCUGUGGCAAGACUACUCAAGUUCCCCAGUUCGUGAUGGAGCAGGAAGUGGAGGCUGGCCGUGGGUCGGCCUGCCAUGUGGUAUGCACGCAGCCGCGCCGCAUCUCUGCCAUCAGCGUCGCUCAGCGCGUGGCCCAAGAGCGCGGCGAGAGCCUCGGCCACAGCGUCGGAUACCAAAUUCGUCUUGAGGCUGUAAAAUGUCGGAGUAGAGGGAGUGUAAUGUACUGCACUACGGGCAUCGUGCUGCAGAUGCUGCAGGGAGAUCCUCUCCUCAGUUCGGUGUCACAUCUCGUGCUCGACGAGAUUCACGAGCGUGACACGCAGUCGGACUUCCUCAUCGCCAUUACUAAGGAUCUAUUACCUAAGCGACCAGAUUUGAAGUUAAUCCUGAUGAGCGCCACCCUGAAUGCCGAGAAGUUCUCCGAGUACUAUGGUGGCUGUCCCAUGAUCCAUAUUCCUGGCUUUACUUUCCCGGUCACUGAGUAUUACUUGGAAGACAUCCUGGAUACUAUACGCUUCGAGUUUCCACCUCCAAAAGGCAAGGAGCCUAUCUGGGCUCAGCGGCGCAACAAGAGCUCGUCAGGUAGCGAAUUGUUUAGAAACACCGUCUUACCGUGGGUCGACUCUCAGGAAGCGAGUGGAGCGAUAUCAAGAGGUGCUGCUUAUGAACUCCGGAAGCCGCACAGCGAAGAGCUUUGCCCUCAGCUCAUAGUGAGUCUACUCCGCCACAUCUGCCGCCAGCCUCCUGGUGCCGUGCUGGUGUUUGUGCCAGGCUGGGGCGAUAUCUCGACACUGAACAAACUCAUGGACGAGGACUCGUUCCUUCGCGGCCAGAGGCUUCUGGUCAUCCCACUGCACUCGCUCAUGCCCACAGCCAACCAGAGGGAGGUUUUCGAUCAUCCCCCAUCAGGUGUGCGCAAGGUUGUUCUUGCCACGAAUAUUGCCGAGACGAGCAUCACGAUUGAUGACAUUGUUUACGUCAUCGACAGCGGCUAUAUCAAAAUGACCAACUUUGAUAAAAGCUCGAAUUUGUCGACGCUGGCGUCGGAGUGGGUGACCAAAGCCAACGCUCACCAGAGGAGAGGCAGGGCAGGCAGAGUGCAGGCUGGGGUUUGCUAUCAUCUUUUCACCCGCAUCAGAGAACAAAACCUCGCAGAAUAUCCCCUUCCGGAGAUUCUACGCACUCGGCUGGAAGAAAUCGUCUUGAAUGUUAAAAUUCUCAAACUUGGUAGAGCCUUGCCUUUCCUACAGAAACUAAUGCAGUCACCAGACGAAGAGGUGCUCAAAAUUUCUAUAAAGUUAUUAGAAGCCAUUAAUGCUUUAGACGAUGAUGAGAACCUGACGCCUCUGGGCUUCCAUCUAGCGCGGCUGCCGAUCGAUCCUCUGACGGGCCGCAUGCUCCUCAUGAGCGCCUUCUUCUCCUGUGUGGACCCCAUCCUGACCGUCGCUGCCGUGCUCUCUUUCAAGGAGCCUUUCGUGGUGCCCCUGGGUAAGGAGAAGUUGGUUGACCAAGUGAAGGCACGAUUUGCAGGCAACACUUAUAGCGACCAUCUGAUGUACGUGAGAGUUUUUGACAGCUGGAGGGAAGCGUGCGACAACCGCGACAACAGCUUCUGCUAUAAGAACUUCCUCUCCACGUCUGUGCUACAGCAGAUCAAACGCAUGCGAGACCAAUUCUUCGGGUUACUCAAAGACCACAAAUUUGUGGCACCAGAAGUACGGAGCGGCUCCGACAUCGAAAUUAAUCUUAACUCCGGCAACGUUGCCGUAGUGCGCGCCGUUAUUGCCUCCGGUCUGUACCCUAACGUGGCGUGCCUCAAGCGCACGGGCAAGUCCUCCUCAAAGCGACCAAAAAUAAUGAGGACCGCCGACCACAACCGCGUUCUCUUCCAUCCUAAAUGCGUCAACGAUAAAAUGCAAGCGUUCGAAUCGCCGUGGAUGGUCUUCAGGGAGAAACUGAAGAUGAGCAGUGUAUUCCUGUUCGACGCUACGAACGUUCCGAACUACCCGCUGCUUCUGUUCGGCCAGCGCCUUGAGUACGUGGCAGCUGAAGGCGCCAUUGACGUCGACGGCUUCGUAAAGAUUAGGUGCACCGAACAAGUCGCUAACGUCAUCCGCAAACUCAGGAAGGAACUCGACGCCGUACUGGAGUAUAAAAUAAGUCAUCCUGACGUCUCACGUUGGGAUCAGCACUCGAAGGAAGGCAAGCUGCUCAACGCUAUUGUAGAUCUCCUGUCCAAGGAGAAAAUCGAUCCAAAUCAGCAAUAUCAUCCGCGGUAUGACGUCGCCGACGACGACGAUGAUGAAGAAAUGCAUGAAGAAUAUCCUAGCUAUACAUAGCGUAAUUUUACUCGUACUUUUUCGAUUAAUUAAGAUCAUUUCAUUUCCUUUUUGCGUUCACCGGUCAUGCUCCAUCAAUGUUGCUCCAAGCUGUGAAUCCCCUCAUUUAUCAGAGGAAUCUCAUCAUGCUGGCCAAAGUCUAUUUUCGAGUCGGCUUUUGUAUCAUUAUUUGUUAUAAGUAUAUUGUGUGUAGUGAUUCUAAAACUUGAUAUUAUCGAGUACCACACGGUUCCUGGCGCGUUUCAGCAAAUUCUUUCUUAUCAAUUAACUAUCAUAACUAGUUUCAAAUUAUUUUACAUGCUGCACCAACAAUAUAUCAAUUAGUGCAUCGGUCAAUUGAUAAUCACAUAUCAAUUGAGUGUAGUGUAUGAUAUUUAACGGUUAGCCGAUGUGAUUAGGUGGGUGUCAUAUGGCUACAGUCGCGAAUCUUUUCUAGAUGAUCUGUUGUUGGAUAUAUUUUAGGCAAGUAAAAAGGAAUAAAAAUUGUUCAUAAUCCCGAAAGUGCGUACCACUAAACUGGCCUCAGCGUAACUAUGUUUGUGCGCAUGACAGAGUUUGGAAUUACAGUUCAUGGGUAACGAAUCUCAGUUAUUUCGUGUUAUUUUCUCAUUUUAUUAUUGAGGUCUACGCGAGGAUCUUGGCUUAUGUAUGAAACCUCAAAUUCUGCCUUCCUUCAAAGGCUAACACUUCUGUAAUAUUCUACUUCAAGUGAAUCAUCUUGAUCUUCGCCUCUCUAUUCUUCUGCUCAAGUUGCUUUUUAUGCAGCGUGACUGUAAAGAAUUGCCUUCCUUAAAAAUUGCGUUGUAUGUGUAAUUCUUCUAACAGAGCGUUGUUAAUUUUGAAAAUUACUUGAAAGAAUAAAUGUAAACUGUU